CACACAAGCCACGCCAGCACGCAGCCUCAGUGUGCCACAAAUAUCGAAGUGAAGUUGACCUCUUGCACAUGAGCGCCCUUUCGUAAGGUUUUCUAACAAUUCAUUUGAUAAAUACCAAUGAACCAUUGUAAGAUGGCAUUAAGAAAAUGAAAGAAAAUAGUUACAUUAUACUGUUGUACUUACCAUUUUGCCCCUCAUCUUUGACAAUAAACUUCGUCGGCCUCAUUUGAAAUUCGAUGACACUUUUCUCUACGGCGCCAAGCAUUGAUGCAAUACGCAGUCAGAAACACUACAGUGCUAGUUUCACUUUCGGCGAAAGAGUAUCAGCAUUUCCCGAACGCAUUUCGCCUACAUUUGGUUUAUGUACACGCAUCUCACCAAAGUAGUUAACCUGCUACUCAAACGAUGUCUUAAGCAGUAAAAGUAGUGCUAUGCUGCUAUGAUGACGCGGCUACGUAUGAUGAUGGAGGUGAGAGCUGCCGGUUUUAAUACGUUAUACACACCAUUUAAAAAGUAAACAACAAGUUUUAUGAAUUCAAAUAAUUAAUGAAAUAGUGCUAUGGAAAACUAAAUACACAAUUAUCGCAUAUUAUAUGAUGCAAAUCAAUAACUUCUCGCACAGUGAAUAAUUAAACCAAAGUAUUACAGCACAAGUGAUGUGUCAAAUUUACUAAAACAAUUAACAAUACGUGUUCAAAUAGCAAAGGAAAAUAAAAAUUAAUUGUGAAUCUAUUAAAUUAAUUAUUUUGGAGUGUAAUAAGUGUUAUACAUGAGUUUAUCCUCUGAUUUCAGUUUAAACCAAAACAUAAAAGUAGGAUGUGAAACUUUGUUAAAUGUUAAUUAUAAUGAUGAUUCAUUAUUUGUGACAGAAAUUUCGUUGGUGUUUUCAAAUAACAAAUAAGAAUGAAUUUUCAUUUGUCAAAAAAUUUGUUAGACAAAUAAGGUGUUAACUUUCCCAAAUAUAAAAUUAGUUAAUUGGUAGUCUGCAACUAAUUAUAAAAGAUCUAAUAUUUGGCAAUGUUUAUUCUUAUUGAAACUUUUAAUGAAAUUCUGUGGUGAAAAUGGUUGAAAUAUUUUAAGAUAUAACUGGUGCAAAAAUGGAUAACACAACUAUAAACCACACCAUGUUUGCAUUAAAUAAUUAAGAUGUACGGGAAUUGUACCGAAGUAGCUCAUUAAGCGACAGGACAGAGAGACGAAUUUAUCGAAUAAUAUGUUAUAUUUACAUAUUCAAUAAAAACUGGCCUGGAACAUAAUAUUUCGCAUUCCGAGUAACUGAGCUACAUAACGCAAAUAACUUUUCUUAUAUGGUCAUAAUAUGAUUUAUAUUUCAAGUGCAACAUCGGUCCGGACACCAUAUAUACUUUAACGUUGAGCUGAAAAGAUUGCUACUAGUAUAUGUAUCAGCAAAAUCUUCAGUCAGUUCAGUAUACUGCAUUAGUUCCAUUUCUGAAACCAUUCAUUCAUUUCACGCCAUUACCCUUCGUAAAACUGCAAGUAUCACAAACCUUUUAUAAUCGUAUUGAACAUAACAACAGUUCAAAAUUGCAAGUAUUCAACAAAGCAAGAACUAUAGUUAUGCAACCUAUGUGGUCUUCGGCUGCUGUUGCUGCUGCGCAUAUUCAAGCUGCUUUGGUAGCCGCUGCUGCAGUCGUUAGCAGUAGCAAUGGCAAUAGUAAGAUUAGUCCUAUUAACUACAAAUCCGCCAAUUGCAAGACUAUAAUAAAUAGUAAUAGUGUUAGAAGUAGCGGCGCAAAUAGGAGCGUCAAAGGAGAAACGCAAUCAGCAAAACAUUGCGAUAGUAUUGCAGGUGAUAACUUUUCAUUGGGUUCUUCUGUGCCAAUAUUCUUAUAUUCUACCGAUGGUGAAGUCACUCCUCCAGAAUCUCCCAUGACUCAUUUGAAUUCGAUUUAUCAUAAUAAAUUUCGUGUAUCACAAGUAGAUAUCGAUAACACUGUUAGUUCAAAUGAAAGAGGACAAUCAGAAUUAAAUGAAAUAACUACAUUUAAUGCAAUUGAAAUGAAUGAAGAAUCCAAUGAGCAAGGUAUUUCGGUAACAGAUACACCGCUCAAUUUAUCUAAACAUCAAUUUUCACCAUGUCCUUCACCACCAUCUUUUACAUCCAGUUCUCCCGGAUUACAGAAACAGCGUGAAGUAUUGGCUUUACUUACGUCUUCAUCUCCGAUAUCUUGGUCAACGCCAGCAGAAACCUCACAUGCGGAAAUUGAAUGUGAUGACAAUACGCGUGGAUUGAAAUUAAAGAACUCAAUAGAGGUAACACCUGUAGCAGCAGCAGGUUUACCUGGGAUGUACUUUCCAUAUACAACCAAAAAUCGGAUCCAAAAGCAUAUCACAGUUACAAGAACUUCAAGUACUACAUCACAUCGGUGUUCAUCGCCUUGCAAUGAUCAAAGGCGAACAAGUUUAACUAAUGGUGAGUUAAGCGAAUCUGGUGCAAAUUUAUUGGCAUGCCGUAUGUGGAGCGCAGCCGUUAAUGAACCGGAUACUAUCUCAAAUCCAGAUCCCUUAAAUCAUCAACAGCAACAUUUGUUUCAACCAACGUCGAACUUAGGAUCAAUUGUUCAAAUAGCCUACCGAAGCAGCCCUCAAAGAAGCAACCCUGAGGAUGAUAUGCCUACAGAAAAUACCCGCUUUUCAAACACAAUAACAAAGAACUGUGACUCUAUAUUGAAAUGCGUAGAAAAAUUGGAAGAAACGAAAGCAGUCGUUGAUAAAUUUCGACCUUUAGCAGUACCCCAACAGCAAGAACAAAACCAAAAUGACCACCAUCAACACCUUCAUAACCAAAAUGAUCAUGCAUUUUCACCGCAAGCACACUCUUUACGUCGAAAACACCAAGAACAACAUCUGCUUAAGCCCGAUAUUCUCAGUGUUUCUGAAUCGAUAGAAAUUAUGUACGAAAAUAACCAUAAAAACAAAAAUCAAUCCAUAGUGGCUAAUAACUCUAAGGGAAAUAUCGUACACGCUACGCCUCACAUAAAAAGGCCCAUGAACGCUUUUAUGGUAUGGGCGAAAGAUGAACGGCGAAAAAUAUUAAAAGCCUGUCCGGAUAUGCACAAUUCAAAUAUUUCAAAAAUUCUUGGUGCACGUUGGAAGGCCAUGACCAAUGCUGAUAAACAACCAUACUAUGAAGAACAGUCCCGACUAUCAAAACUACAUAUGGAACAACAUCCUGAUUAUCGUUACCGGCCGCGACCGAAACGCACAUGUAUCGUAGAUGGAAAAAAGAUGCGUAUAUCGGAAUACAAGGUCUUGAUGCGGAAUAGACGUGCUGAAAUGCGCCAAUUAUGGUGCCGUGGUAAUGCCGUUACGGGUGGAGUAACAAACACUAACACAUCGAACUGUGCGGCGGGACAAUUACUUAACGAUACGGAUGUUAUCGUUGGCUGCAAUAUAAAAAGUUCCAUUGCGGCAGCUUAUCAUCUUCAAGAUAUGGAUCAUUCAAUUAAUAACACAACGGCAGCAACAUUCGGAGUGACCCAAAUAGAUAAUUCAAGUGUGGUUAUGGAAGGAGUGGUCACUUCAAAUGAGGUGACAUCACUUUGCGGAAAUUAUUUUUACCCGCCUGAUAGCAUGUCACCGCACUCUGGUUUUUCUUCAGAAGGGAACACCCUCAGCUUCAGUUCUCGAGAAGAGGAUUGAAAUUAUUCGUACAAAAAAUAUAUAUCAAAUAUUAUCAAAUAGUACCAUUAUUAAGUUAUGUAAAGCUAAUAUUGAGUAAUAAUAAUUAUGUACUUAAGCAAUUUUAUUGAACAAUGUGCCAUUCUCUUACGUAUACAAAGAUCUUAAAUAAAAUGCAUAUAAGUAUAUACAUGCUUAUGACACACUCUUAAGCUUGUGAAUAUAUUGAGUUUUAACACAUAUUCUAGAAUUUUGUCCAAAGUUAUGUUAUAUAUAAGCUAACGCCUAUUCCAAAGCGGUGAAAUAUUGUUAGUUAAUUACAUUUUUGUACACGUUUAAACAUAAAUAUUUUCAUGGUUUGAUAUGUUUUAUGUACAAAUUAUAUAAGAAUAAAUUUAAAAGCGAGGAAGAAAGUAAAUGCUUCAAAUUUCCAACUCGCAUCCAAUGAUAUAUAUUGUGCCAUAUGCUAAAGGUAAAUAGUACAUAAAAUGAUUCAUAAAAUAUUCGACAUAUUCGUGUGUACACAUUGGGUAGGCUAUAACUAUGUUCUUUAAACAAUGAUUGAAAAUAAAGAUUAUUACGUCUUGAAUACGAA